GAUUCGUCAUUUCCCAAAGCGGCAGGCUUGAGCUCGGCUGUGGGAGAAGCGCUCAGAAACACAGCCCAACAUCGCGUCGGAAGAUGAAGAUGUAGACAUGUAUCACAAGAUGCGCACAUCGGAUGCAUAACACUGCAUCGACUGAGGACGAUGGAAGACGGACUGGUGUCUGAAGACGAUAUUUUGCUUUGCUCAGAGAAGGAAUUUCAUGAUGCUGCAAAGAGGAACGAUACGGAGAGGAUGCAGGAGCUCAUCAGAAGAGGGGUGGACAUCAAAGUCAAAAAUAAGAUGGACCGUAAGGCCUUGCACUGGGCAGCAGGAGCCGGCAGUGAGCAGGCAGUGCGUCUGCUGCUGGACCACGACAUGGAGGUGGAUGAUAUGGACAGCUUUGGUAUGAACGCUCUGCUCUUGGCGGCAUGGUUUGGUCACCUCUCAAUCCUAAAGAUCCUUGUCUCAACUGGAGCGAAGCUCACCUGUGAAAACAAAAAUGGCUUGAAUCUCUUGCACUGUGCUGCACAGAGGGGUCACAUCAGUGUUUUGGAGUAUAUUAUGGAAGAUCUGGAAAACGUGCAGCUUAAUAAAGUCGACAACUCAGGCAAGACAGCGUUUCAUUUGGCCACGGAGCAUGGACACCUGGAGGUGGUGGAGUUUCUCAUUGGUAUGGGCUGUGCUCAUGACCUCAAGGACAAGAAGGAAAACACUGCACUGCAUUUAGCAGCUAAGCAAGGCCACAGUGAUGUCCUACAGAAGAUCAUGGAAACCGGCGAGAGCAUUGAUGAAAAAAACAUUGAUGGCAUGACGGCUUUACAUUUGGCAGCUGAAGGAGGGCAUUAUGAAUGUAUCAGACUCUUGCUGGAAGCUGGCUGCAAUGUCAAUGAACUUACUCAUAGUAACAGGACAGCUCUCCAUCUGGUGGCCCAGCAUGGCUCUGGAAGAGAGAUCAAACUGCUGGUACAGGCUGGGAUCAAUCUGGAUUCAGUAGACACACAACAUACUUCAGCUCUGCACUUGGCAGUACUCAACAACUCCACAGGAAUAGUCAAGGAUCUUAUCGAUGCGGGAUGUGACCUGGACAUCUUUGACAAUCGGCUUCAAACUGCUUUGCACAUAGCAGCAGAACACGGACGGCAGAACAUCGCUGAGAUGAUCCUGAUAUCUGGAGUCAACCUCAAUCUGCUCGACAAGCAGGGAAAGACAUCUCUGGAUGUUGCAGCACGAGGCAACCAUGUGAAUGUCGUUGACAUGAUUAUCAAAGCUGACAGAUUUUACAAAUGGGAGAAGGAAAAUGUGACGAGUGACUCUCUGGUGGGAGCGAGUCUAACAUUUAAGCAAGAUCAUCGACAGGAGACACAACAUAUCCGAUCUGUCCUGUGGAAACUAGCCUCCAAAUAUCUCAAACCAGGCGAGUGGAAAACACUGGCUCGGCACUGGAAGUUCUCAGAUGCACAUAUUCGAGCCAUAGAGCACCAAUGGAUAGGUACAAAGAGCUACAAGGAGCAUGGGCAUAGGAUGCUGCUCAUCUGGCUGUACGGAGUGAUCACCGCUGGAGAAAACCCCAUCAAGGGCUUGUACGAAGGUCUGACUGGAAUCUCCAGGAUUGAUUUGGCAGAAAGCAUGCGACAGCAGGCCAAUGCGGAUCCAUCUUCUGCUAAAAAAUGCUCUACAAUGUAAUGUGAGAUUUGUUGAGAAAGGUCUAGACUGAGUGCAUACCAACCAGGAGAUUGGAUGCUCUUCAAAUACACAGUACUGAUGAAACACAAAUACAUAAAUAUAACCUCAGUGAUGUGUCUGAGAAGAAAACUUAGCCUGUUCACACCAAGAGCAAAUAUUUACAGCAAGCAUGACUUUGUAUGGGUUUCUUUGGAACCAUUCAUAUUGAGAAAAUAUGAUGGA